UAAAACAAGAUCCCUCUUCUGGCCCAUCCUACAUACAACACAGCUGGGGCCGAAAACAAAACAAAGAUUCCGCCUGUUCCUCAACAAUUAACGGAGACUGUUAGGUUGGGUACGUUGGGAGUUCCAAUAGUCUGAGUCAUUCAGGAAAAGAAGUGUUCAUCGUGAUCGUGAUUGUAGACUGAUGGCCGAUUCAUGAGUAUUGUGGACAUGAAGGAAAAGAAUACCUCUACUGUUUUCCAGCGUAUUUUGGUAAAUUGUGCAUCUCAGGCAAAAGACUAUGGAAGCUGUGUUGCAACAAAGGUUCCAGAGAUUGAACGCGAUAUGUGUGCUAAGGAAUUUCUGGCAUUGAAAAGUUGCAUGCAGAACGUGGUACGGACCAUCUUCUCUUAUUGGAAGGUCUUUUCAGAGUCUUUGUGUUCUGACUGUAAACUUCAUGUUCUUCUUCCACUCUGUUGCUUAAAUCUGAGAUCUUAUUUUUUCUGUAGAAAUGUUACAUCUCUUUGUUAUUUUGCUUAAUUUAUACUUUACUGAUAAAAAAGGAUC